GCGACUCCUGCGCGAGCUCCGUCACACAGCUGCACGCACGAGACCCACAUACACACACACACACACACACACACACAUACACACGCGCACGCGCUCACACACACACAUAUACACACAGCAGUGAGGUACGGAGUUAGCACUCAGGCUAACCGCGGCGCUUUUAUUUUUUUUGGUUGUUUAAUCGUUUCCGUAAAGAAAAAAACAACAACAAAAAAAGAAAACACACCUCGUUACCUCAGAGACGGUUGAUUUCUUUGCAGUUUGAUGCCCCACAGGUGUAUAAACACCUUUUUAUUUCAAAGUUUGUUUUAUUUCUUUCUCCUCUCAGAAACCCCGCGAACGGAUGUGAAGGUGCCAAAGUGAAGCGGCUGAUUUUUUUUUGUUUUUGUUUUUGUUUUUGUUUUUCUGCUUUUUCUUCUUCUUCUUCUUCAACACCACCUCCAUUAUCAUCAGUUAUACUUUAAAAAAAAAAAAAAAAAAAUCUUUGUUUUUUUUAGGACGUGGUGUCUCAGCUUUACUGAAGUGGAAACCUGCAAAAAAAAUUUUUUUAAAAUUUUUUUAUAUUAUUAUUUUUUUUUUGGUUGAUGUUUUAUUUUUAAAGAGUGAAAUGGAUGUGAGAUUUUAUCCUCCUGCUCCAUCAGCAACAGAUUCAUCCAGACUGGGACCAUCACCUUAUUCAGACUCUUCAUACUGCAAUAAGUACGACAGUGAAAGCAUGUUCAUGCCGGUGCCUGAGCCGAGCCAGGACUUUGUGCCAGUGAACCAGUUCCCAAGCCCCAAACAGACAGCAGCUCAGUGGAAGAGAGAAACUCCUCCUCAUCCAGACGCUCAUCGCCUGCCACACUGGGUAAAUCAUACGGAUAACAGUGUGUGUAUGCAGCAGAUGGUGAACUCGGACUCGCGAUACGGCGGCCGUCCUCACGGGGACGCUCUCAGACCCAGAGUGCCGUCAGGAAUGGUUCCUCAGGGUCAGCUGACCCCCGUCAACCAAUCACAGCUCGGCGCUCAGCAGGGCGUGAGCGGGAAUAACGGGAACAGCGGCGCGCACGGAUCGCCGUCUCCUCCGGAGAGCAAGUCGGCCACGCCUUCUCCUUCCAGCUCCGUCCACGAGGACGACGCAGACGAGGCUCUGAAGAGUGGAGCGGAGAAGAGAGCAGCUACAGAUGUGGCCAAAAAACCCAAAACUCCCAAGAAGAAGAAGAAGAAAGACCCAAACGAGCCUCAGAAACCCGUCUCAGCGUACGCUCUGUUCUUCAGAGACACGCAGGCUGCCAUCAAGGGCCAGAACCCCAACGCCACCUUCGGAGAAGUGUCCAAGAUCGUGGCCUCCAUGUGGGAUGGGCUGGGGGAGGAGCAGAAACAGGUGUAUAAAAAGAAGACGGAGACGGCGAAGAAGGAGUAUCUGAAACAGCUGGCCGCUUACAGAGCCACGCUCGUCUCGCAGAGUUACAGCGAGCCGGGAGAUGUGAAGGUCUCCCAGACGUCUCAGAUGCUUGGUCCGAAGCCGCCGUCGUUCCAGUCCCAUCCAGGGUUCUACAUGGCUCCUCCGUACCCCCAGCAGCCCCAUCUGCCCCCCAUGCAGCCCGGACUGGCCCGGGGCGGCCCCUCUCGGCCCGGCGCUAACAUCAGCAUGGGCAACAUGGCGGCUACGACGCCCCCCCCGCUUCAGAUCAGCCCCCCGAUACACCAGCACAUCAGCCUGCAGCAGCAGAUGGGCAGCCACACGAUGCCCCUGCACUCACCGUCUAUGGCCCAGGGUUUUCCUCUCCAGGCCGAGUAUCAGAGUUUGAUCAGUGUGUCGUCUCCCUCUAUGGAUUAUCGCUCCGGCUGCAGGACCGGACCGUCUCAGGGGCUCGACUGGACCACCGAGUACUGCACCAACAGCGCUCUGCAGAGGGAUAAAGCUCUGUAUCUGACCUGAUCGAGACCCGACUGAGAACCCGUGUCGGAACCAAGAGGCAGUUCACACUCCUCACAGUGACGGAUACACACCUCCUGUCCACUCAUACACACACACACACCUUACACACACACCCACACACACACACACACACACACCUUACACACCGAUUACACACACAGAUCUGUAUAUGUGUGUGUAUGCGAGUGUUGCUCUUUCCUCAUCACUCGCUCUGUAACAGAACCAUCUUGUUCUGGGUUCUUUUGGGACUAUUAGGAUGUAAAUUGUAGGAUAAAGUCACUUUAAUUCCAAUCGCAGGGCUUUAAUUAAUUUAAUUGGUUUUAGUCCUCGUUAAUGAAGUGACACGAGUCAAACUGUGAGUCUGUCAGUCGUAAAGCACUUACUGCUCCGUCGCUAAAAAAAAAAUCACAUCUCAAAGAUAGAGAGGGACACACAAGCCAAGUGUUAACUUUAUUAUUAUUAUUAUUAUUAUUAAUAACCUGAACCAGUUGCACUGUGUUAAACACGCUAUAGAGUGUUAAAUUACAUCAGGUGACAACUCAAUUACCAACCAUAACGACUGUAAUUAUGGUUAAUAGAACAUCUUUACCUCUAUAAAAUCAAUAUAAUAAAAUCGCAGACUCCAAUCUGAGAUCAGCUGAACCUACAUUACACUCCAUCUACAUCCAAGUGUGUUGCUAAAGUGUUAGCUUCCUAACUAAUGGAGAAACGUUACCAGAACGUUCUGUAAGGUUACAAAAAUAACGUUCCUGAAUAAAAUCCGCACUCAGAAGAAGAGUAAGGAUCCGUACGCAAGCAUUUGAAUAAAGAUCGCGGCAAACGAUAAAGAUGCACAACAAUAAUGCAGGUAAAAGUCAGAGCAGGUUCAACAAGGCCAAAGAAUAAUCCGAUAAACACAAAGCAAGAGUUCGAGGCAUAUAAUCAGCAAUAACAAGGCUAGAAGCAAAAACAGGGAUUGGCAAGACUUCGCAAUGAUUCAAUUGAGUGUUCAUGAACUGCUUCGGUAUUCGAAAACCCGGAAGUGGUUGAGUGGAAGAGGUCGCUCUAGCGCUCUGGGGAGCCUGACCUCUGCUGGCGUGGAGGGAAACUGCACCCGAGUCUUUGUUACAGUAACGUUUGUGUUACGGUUGUAGGAACGUUUCUAAACGUUGCGCACAAAUAUUGUCGGUUUAGGAGCGGUUCUCGGUUUUGAAUCUUUAGGUGAAAGUUGGCACGUUUUCAGUCGACCAAGUUUUAUUCAGUGGGAAAAGUUAUGAUGUCAUGAUAUCAUAAUAAUAAUAACGAUAUAAUAAUAAUAAUAAUAAUAAUAAUAAUAAUAAUGGCUUAUGUGAAUGUACUUAGAAAGGAAAAUGAAAACCAAAACUGCUAAACUUUUAUUAUUAUAAAAAUAAUACAGUAAUACAUAAGAGAAUUAUGUGGAUGACUCCUUUAUCUCUCCCCUUCUCUCUCUCUCUCUCUCUCUCUCUCUCUCUCUCUCUCUCUCUCUGUGUAAAGCUCUAUUAGUCCCCUGCCUUAGAACCCGAGCUCUGUUGUGAUUAUAGAGUGAUUUAGUUCACGGCUCAUGGCUGUGAACUGUGUAGUGGCUUCUUUUAGCCCUGAUCUCUAUUCAUGCUGUAAAUAGAAUCUGUGUGAUUAUUUACUCCCAGAGUUUACGAACUCGAUCUUUUAGUUCCAGAAACCAUUUAGAAGCAAAAAAAUAAAAAAAAGGGAUGAACUUCAAAAGUCCAGAGAUACUGAGCAUUGUUUUUAUCAUCAUGAUGACUAUACAGCCUAAGAUAAUCAUCUUUGGGAGUGCUAGAAAGUUAACGGGUUCUGCUGUUGUCCCUUUGCGAUUAACCUUUUACAGGUUUUAUGUAGAACUCUGAAAAAAAAAAAAGGGACUUUUCCUUUCAGAAAAGUGUUAAACAUCCAAAGAAACCUAGAGGAACCAAUUUUUUUCUGCAGCUAGACAAUUUCUACAAAAAAAAAAAAAAGUAUGCUUACUAAAAAUAACAAACAGAAACUUUGUGGUUAGAUCUAGAACCCUUAGUGGUUCUUUGGUUUGUCCUUCUAGGGGAACCCUUAAUUGUUCAACAUAGAACCCUAAUACAGAGUGUUUCCUCCCUUUAGAACCACUUUAGAACCACUCUUUCUCAAUCUAGCACCUUUAAGGGUUCUCCAAUUGUCCCUUUUUGAGGGUAACUCUUAAAGGUUUUAUGUGGAACCUCUUUAGAAGUAUCUAGAACUGCUAACCAUCCCAAGGAACCUUGAGGAACCUGAGUGGUUUCUACUAAAAGUAACAAACAAACUUUGUGUAGUGUUUAAUCUAGAACGCUUAAUGGUUCUUUGGAUGGUUCUAGCUAAAGUUCUAUGGUUCUAAUCUCUUUUCUGAAAGGAAAACAGCUAGAACUGUUAGAAACCUGCUCAAGAAUUCUUGAGGAACCUUUUUUUUCCAUAGAUAAGCAAAUUCUACUAAAAGUGGAAAUUUCUAUGGAAAAAAACGGUUAAAUCUAGAACCUUUAUUUUGUUCCUCUGGGGGAACCCUUAAUGGUACUAUGUAGAACCCUGCAACAGUGUUUUCUCCUUCAGAACCUUUAUAUAAAUCUAAGAACACUUAAUGAUCCAGAGAACCCUUGAGGAACUAUUUUUUUCUUCUUCAUAACGGAAGAGGAAAACUUUCUACGUUGACUUUCUCGCACUCCUGAAGAUACCGUUAUACAAAGUGUUGCCAUGGUUACAUUUCAAUCGCUUUUAAUUUAAAAAGAAAUGUCACGAUCCAUCUUAGCAUCGCAGUGCAUGAAAAGCAACGCAUAAAUGUUCUGGCUUUCACUGUUAUUUAUGAUGGUUGUCAUGGUUACAUAUGCUGUGUUCAAACGAAAGCAGUAAAUUCAUUCAUGGUAUUGAAAGUCAGGUGGAUAAAAUUGACAAAACUGUUGCUAGGCAACUGUGGAAUACGAAUGCCAAGCAUAAACUGGCUAAUGACUGAGGCUAAUGAUGCCGUUGAGUUGUUUAUACACAGUGAAAAAGAUAAGAGUGACAGCAGAAGCGAGACGGAAUCAUCCGGAACGCCAACAUUCCCUCUCGGAAGUUUGGGAAUGUUACGGAUAAAAGACGUAAAUUUACACAGCGAUUAUACUUAGCGUCAUUCGCUAUUCAAAGUAACACAGCUUCCACCAUAUCGAACUUCAUAACCUCAGAAAAAUUCGACGUCCAUGUUGAAGUCAUGAAUGUGGGAGGAGCUAAGAGACAGCCAAUCAGAAACAAGCUGCGGUUUAAUUCAUGCCGUAUCACAGUUCUCUAUUUUCAAUAUUUCUAAUUUUUUUAAAAGUUACAUUAAUAGUUCGAAUAAACUCAUUAUUUUGUUAAACAUUUAACAUGUUGUUUUGUGCUUUCUUCUGACAUAAUGGGACAAAAAUAAAAGAAAUAAAAGAAAAAGAAAAAAAUUUAAAUAAACAAAUAAAUAAAAUAAAAUAAAUACUCAGCCUCUCUGGACUUUUGUGCAUAAUUGAAUAAAAGAUGUUAUUUUAUUGCCAUAAUUUUUUUCUGGAUUUUUUUUUCCGGUUUUAUAACGACGUUGAUGCCAUCAGCUGGUAAAAAUGUUGAUAAAUAAAAUGGAGUAAAGUUUAUUUUUUAUCAGCUGAAAUUGUUUUGUACGCCAUCGUUCUGCUGUAUGAAUGUGAAUGUUCUUGGCGCCGGAGUUAAUUGGAGGCAGAUCGGUGUUUAACCCCGGCAUAUGGCUGAUCAUCUCUUCUUCCUCUACACUGUGUCUAUAGCAGAACUUUCUACGCCUCUCGUUUGCGCCUAUUUAUGAGGAAAAACAAAAAAGCUGUAGGUGUUUUUAAGUAAUUAUGUUAGGAUGGUUUUUUUUGUUCAGUUGUUUUGACAGAAUUGAUCCACACAACAAUGUGAAUAAUUCUUUAUUUAGUUUUUAUUGUGUUUGAAGAAUAAAAGCAAAUCUGCAUUUUUUGUGCAGCAGUCGA